UUCCUCCUCCUGAUCGACUUUUUCUCUCGCUAGUGUAAGCUGGAACUAGUUGUCGGAAGCCCAGCCUCGUGCAUGGAACUUGAACUCUAUACCCCAGAUGACAAAUUUGUGAUGAAGCUGGACCGCGAUGAGGCCUUGCUGGGCUCUUACCCAAUUGAUGAUGGAUACCGAAUCCAUGUCAUUGACAGAAGCGGCGCAACGAUUGGGGAAUAUGAAGAUGUGUCCAGGGUGGAGAAGUUCCAGAUUUCUGAUUCCGAAUACGACAAGCGAGCAGACACAGCCCGCUCAUUCAUGAAACGCAGUAAGUUGGGCCAGUACAAUAAGGAAGAAAUUAUGAAGAAGGAGGCAGAGUUAGAGCAGAAGCUGAUGGAGGAGAAGGCCCUGGCAGAGGCCAUUUCCGUGGGGGCCAGGUGUGAAGUGCGGGCGUCAGGGCAGCCCAACAAACGGGGGACGGUGAUGUACGUUGGUUCAACAGAAUUCAAGCCUGGCUACUGGAUUGGCAUCAAGUAUGAUGAGCCUCUGGGGAAACAUGAUGGCAGCAUCAGCGGCAAGCGAUACUUUGAGUGCCAGCCGAAGUACGGAGCCUUUGUGAAGCCUCAGUACGUCACCAUGGGGGACUUCCCGGAAGAGGACUAUGGGCUGGACGAUGAAAUGUGACGGCGCGGCGGAGGGAAGGGAGGAAGCGGGGAGGGUCGCCAGCGCAGCCCCUCGGCCACGGCUGUUUCCGCAGCGCGGCGCUGCCCUCUGACCCCGAGCCGGGGGUCGCUCGAGGGAAACGCAAGAACUGUGUGUUUCGACGUGUUGGUUGUUUUUCCCCUUCCCUGGUUGUCUCUGUUCAGUGAAGAUGCCACGUCCCUCAAUUUUCCCAUGCGCCCCCCAGGUCGGUGACAGAGGGCCGGAAUGUCUUUGAGCGCGGUAGCAGUUUGGGGAGGGCGAUGACCGCGGCGCCUCCCGGGGCUCCCGUGACCGUGAGUGGGAGCUGAUGUUGGAAGGAGGGGCUCAGGACCGAUGUAUGUGCAGUUCCGGUUUUAAAAGCAAAACGAAAUUUAAACUGGAUCCUUUCGAUGACUGUGCUUUUCUUCCUUCCUUGUGGGUUUUUGUUGUUCAGUUACGUUUUGUUUUUGUGCUGCUGGCAGAUGCUGUGUGACAAUUACAAAUUAAAGUUUGGGGGGGGUCAAACACA